CAUGUGACAGUGACCACUGGGGACCUCACUGCAGCAGCCGCUGCCAGUGCAAAAACGGAGCCUUGUGCAACCCCAUCACUGGAGCCUGCCACUGUGCCUUGGGUUUCAAAGGCUGGCGCUGUGAGGAGCGCUGUGAUCAAGGGACAUAUGGAAAUGAUUGCCACCAAAAGUGCCAGUGUCAAAAUGGGGCCACCUGCGACCACGUGACUGGAGAGUGCAGAUGUCCUCCUGGAUACACUGGUGCUUUCUGUGAAGACCUUUGUCCUCCUGGGAAGCAUGGGCCGCAGUGCGAGGAGAGGUGCCCAUGCCAGAAUGGAGGUGUCUGCCACCAUGUCACCGGGGAGUGUGCUUGCCCGCCAGGAUGGAUGGGCAUGGUCUGUGGUCAGCCUUGUCCUGAGGGUCGUUACGGGAAAAACUGUUCCCAGGAGUGCCAGUGCCACAAUGGAGGAACCUGCGACUCAGCAAUAGGUCAAUGCCACUGCAGCCCAGGUUACACAGGGGAACGAUGCCAAGAUGAGUGCCCAGUGGGAACUUACGGAGUGCAGUGUGCUGAGACCUGCAAGUGUAUGAAUGGAGGGAAAUGUUACCAUAUUAGUGGUGCCUGUCUCUGUGAAUCAGGAUACACUGGAGAGCGCUGCGAAACAAGGCUUUGCCCUGAGGGAAUUUAUGGUCUCAAGUGUGAUAAAAAGUGUCCCUGCCAUAUGCCCAAUACCUGGAGCUGUCACCCUAUGUCUGGGGAAUGCUCCUGCAAGCCCGGCUGGUCUGGGCUCUACUGCAAUGAGACGUGUUCCCCAGGCUUCUACGGCAAGUCAUGUCAGCAGAUCUGCAGCUGCCAAAACGGUGCUGACUGUGAUAGCGUGACUGGAAAAUGCACCUGUGCCCCUGGAUUUAAGGGUGCUUCUUGUGGUACUCCGUGUCUUCCGGGGACAUAUGGAGUAAACUGUUCGUCUGUAUGCAACUGCAAAAAUGAAGCCAUCUGUUCACCAAUAGAUGGUUCUUGUGCCUGCAAAGCAGGUUGGCAUGGUGUAGAUUGCUCGAUAAAUUGUCCCAGUGGUACCUGGGGACUUGGCUGUAACUUAACUUGCCAGUGUCUUAAUGGAGGGGCUUGCAAUGCUCUGGAUGGAAUCUGUACCUGUGCCCCGGGUUGGAGAGGAGAAAAAUGUGAACUCCCUUGCCAGGAUGGCACAUAUGGUAUGGAUUGUGCUGAACGCUGUGACUGCAGCCAUGCGGACGGUUGUCAUCCCACCACGGGUUACUGUCGGUGUUUACCAGGAUGGUCAGGCAUUCACUGUGACAGUGUGUGUGCUGAGGGACAGUGGGGGCCAAAUUGCUCAUUGUCUUGUUACUGCAAAAAUGGAGCAUCCUGUUCUCCAGAUGAUGGAAUCUGUGAGUGUGCACCGGGAUACAGAGGCACCACUUGUCAGAGAAUUUGUUCCCCUGGGUUUUAUGGACACCGCUGCAGCCAGACAUGCCCCCAGUGUGUACACAGCAGUGGUCCCUGCCACCAUAUUACUGGAUUAUGUGACUGCUUACCUGGAUUUACAGGAGCCCUCUGUAAUGAAGUGUGUCCCAGUGGCAGAUUUGGCAAGAAUUGCAUUGGAAUAUGCACCUGCACCAAUAAUGGAACGUGUAAUCCUAUUGAUAGAUCCUGUCAGUGCUACCCUGGCUGGAUUGGCAGUGACUGCUCUCAGCCUUGCCCACCUUCCCACUGGGGACCAAACUGCAUCCACACGUGCAACUGCCAUAAUGGAGCUUACUGCAGCGCCUAUGAUGGGGAGUGCAAAUGUACACCAGGAUGGACUGGCCUUUACUGUACACAAAGAUGUCCCCUAGGGUUUUACGGGAAAGACUGUGCAUUGAUAUGCCAAUGUCAGAAUGGAGCUGACUGUGACCACAUCAGCGGGCAGUGCACCUGCCGCACAGGGUUCAUGGGGAAGCACUGCGAGCAGAAAUGUCCUCAAGGUACAUAUGGGUAUGGGUGCCGGCAGAUAUGUGACUGUCUGAACAACUCAACUUGUGACCACAUCACAGGAACGUGUUACUGCAGCCCAGGCUGGAAAGGGGCCAGGUGUGAUCAAGCUGGUGUAAUUAUAGUGGGAAACUUGAACAGUUUGAGCCAUACCAGUACUGCCAUCCCUGCUGAUUCUUACCAGAUUGGGGCUAUAGCAGGCAUCAUCAUUCUUGUCCUGGUUGUGCUUUUCCUGCUAGUGCUGUUCAUCAUUUACAGACAUAAGCAGAAAGGAAAAGAAACAAAUAUGCCCGCAGUGACCUAUACCCCUGCCAUGAGGGUCAUCAAUGCAGAUUACACCAUUUCAGAAACUAUGCCUCACAGCAAUGGUGGAAAUGCUAACAGUCACUAUUUCUCUAAUCCUAGUUAUCAUACUCUAACUCAAUGCACUACCUCACCUCAUGUCAACAACAUGGACAGACUGACACUGGCAAAGGCAAAAAACAAUCAGCUGUUUGUGAACCUUAAAAAUGUGGAACCUGGAAAACGAGGGACUGUCAUGGACUACACAGGAACACUGCCUGCAGACUGGAAACAUGGUGGCUACCUCAAUGAGCUUG